CUCUUCCAAAGCACCACCUGAUCUUUGGGGCUCGUGCCCCACAUAUAAAAGGCUGCAGUAGUGCUGAGCUCAGCUAGUCCAGCAUCUCUCUCUCUUCUCUCUCUGCCUCUGUCUCUCCCUCUUGCCACUUUCUAUCUUCCCUUCCAUCCUCUCUGUCCUCCUUUCUCUCUCUCUUUGCUGCUUUCUUCUCUCUUUCUCUUCUCCCCCCUCUGGCUUUAAUUCCAGGAUAGAUUUGCUUGCACCUUUUUUUCUUUUCUACCAAUCCUCAGCUGCCUUUUUUUUUCUUGGCCUCUUCAAGAAGGCCGCCCAGAAGCUCAGUGGUUCUUUUUUGUUAUCAUCAUCGCAGUGUUUUUCUAUGAGGAUUUAGAAUCAGUGUUUCAUCAAAGGAAAAAAGAAAAAAUGCCACGCUCCUUUUUGGUGAAGCAGCCGAAGGUUCACGAUUUCUCGUCUUCCAACUACUAUCACCAGGACCAGCAGGAGCAGCAGCACUGGGACGACUCUUACACUGUGACACAUGCCAUCACUGAGUCGGCCACCAACUUGGCGGUGCGUCUGAGUGAAAACGGCUACAUCCAGGAUUACGUCAUCCCCUCAGUGUUGCAGAGCACAAAGGAGUCAAGUCAUGAGCAGACCGGGCUCUCCUCAGGGCCCCUGUACUCCUCGGGGAGCAGCAGUGGGGAAGAGUUUUCCGACCACGACAUGGAGCAACCGGACAGCCCCGUUUCUAGCGCCACAGUCGAGUCGGACAGCAGCGGUCCAGAGCUGGAGGCCUGCACCAUCAGCGCCUUCCUCAUUUCCGACGGCCGCUCCCGCCGGAGGCCCAACCAGAGGUGUCCUCGCAAGGGAGGCAGCUACUCGGACGGCAGCGAGGGCAUCGACUCGGCGGACUGCAGCCCCAUCAAGGGGAAAUCCAAAGGGCGCCACAUGUGCAGCGAGUGUGGAAAGUCUUACGCCACGUCGUCCAAUCUGAGCAGGCACAAGCAGACUCACCGGAGCCUGGACAGCCAGCAGGCCAGGAAGUGUCCCACCUGCCACAAGGUGUACGUGUCCAUGCCGGCGCUGGCCAUGCACAUGUUGACCCACGACCUGAAGCACGAGUGCACUGUGUGCGGCAAAGCCUUCAGCCGGCCGUGGCUCCUGCAGGGCCACAUGAGGUCUCACACCGGGGAGAAGCCGUUCGCCUGCGCCCACUGUGGCAAAGCCUUCGCCGACCGCUCCAACCUGCGCGCCCACAUGCAGACGCACUCGGCCUUCAAGCACUACUCCUGCAAACGCUGCCAAAAAAGCUUUGCACUCAAGUCCUACCUGAACAAGCACUACGAGUCGGCCUGCUUCAAAGGGCAACACGUGGAGGACGACUGCAGCUCCGAGGACUGAAAGGGAAAUACUCACUUUUUCCUUUUUUAAAAUGAUACACUUUUUCAGAGUUCAUAAAGUCAGAGAACAGCUCGUCUCUUCUCAGGCUUGUCACAUGCAUGCAUCAUAAUCCUGCCUUUUGAUAUAAGCAAUAACCUCACUUUAAAUUCUUCAGGAAUCAUGUAUGUAGAUAAAUUCAUCAAAAUGUCUGUGUUGAUCACAAAUAUAAAAUAUUUUAUAUUCUUUUUUUAAAAAAACAAAUUGCAAUAAUUUACACGUCAGUAUUAUUUUAUAUGCCAUCUAGCUCUUAAUUUACCUCAAACUGUUUCUGUUAGUAACAUAAAGUACUUGCGUAUUUAUUAAUUUAUUUAACUAUUUAUUUGCCAAUUUGAAGAUUAUUUAUUUAUUAUUGGUUGAUGUAUUUGUGAAAUUGACAUGAAUUUAUUACAAGCCAUGGAUUGGAUUUGUUGAGAACAAAAGCCAAAAUGUAUUCUGACACUAUAUUUCUCUGUCUGAUCAAUUUGUUGAUGACAAUAAAACCACUGAUUCAAAUAAUUACUGAAA